AUGCUAAAAAUGCUCACAUUUGUCUUCAGUGGCGCUGGUAAAACCACCUUGCUGAACACAUUCCUCAAUCGAAAUCUGAAAGGACUCCGAGUAGAAGGACGUGUAGAGAUCAACGGAAAUGUGAUUGGCCGAGAAAUAACUGCCAUAUCUGGUUAUGCCCAGCAAGAGGAAAUGUUCGUAGGCACACUCACCGUUCAAGAGUAUCUAUCGAUUCAGGCACGUCUUCGCACAAAUCUGUCGCCGGAGAGGCGGGAGAAGCGUGUCAAUGUGAUUUUGGCUCAACUCGGGCUCACGAAAUGUCAGAACAACCGCAUCGGAGUCGCAGGUGUUCGAAAAGGAAUAUCAGGUUAG